AUGUUGUCCCGUUCCCGGUGUCUCUCCAGGAAUAUUGGUCGCUCCCUGUCCGCCAUCCGCCAGGGGAAUAAUGUGUUGGCUCGCAGAGGCGCAGCAGCUUUAUCAACGAUCUACCCUUUCCCUGUCAAGAACACUAUCAAAUCUGAUCCACGUUCCAGCGUCUUCCAAAUCCAAUACUUCAGGACCUCUGUCGCCUACAGAGAUGAAGUCCUCACCAUCAAGACCCCUGCCUUUGCGGAGUCUGUAACAGAAGGGGACGUAAGGUGGGAAAAAGCUGUGGGAGACACUGUUUCAGAGGAUGAGGUGGUGUGCGAAAUAGAGACUGAUAAGACAUCUGUGCAAGUUCCUUCUCCCUCCUCCGGGGUGAUCGUGGAGCUUUUGGUUCCUGAUGGAGGAAAAGUGGAGGGAGGAACGCCUCUCUUCAAACUUCGUAAAGGCCCCGGAGCUCCUCAAGCUGCAGAAGCCCCAAAAGCUGAGGCUCCUCCUGCACCAGCGGCUGCUCCUACACCACCACCCCCUCCUCCCCCCUCAGCUGUUGGCGCCAUUCCCACCACGAUGCCCCCCGUACCACCUGUGCCAACACACGCUAUGGACGCCAAACCAGUUUCAGCUAUCAAGCCCACCACACCGGCAGCUCCUGUGGAAGGAGGAGUGAAAUCAGCCCGCACAGAGAGCAGGGUUAAGAUGAAUCGCAUGAGACUGAGAAUUGCCCAAAGGUUGAAGGAAGCCCAAAACACCUGUGCAAUGUUGACCACCUUUAAUGAGAUUGAUAUGAGCAACAUCUCAGAAAUGAGGAAGACCUACAAAGACGCCUUCCUGAAGAAGCACAACAUCAAGUUGGGCUUCAUGUCUGCGUUUGUGAAGGCAUCUGCCUACGCCCUGACUGAUCAACCCGCCGUCAAUGCCGUCAUUGAUGACACAACCAAAGAGAUUGUGUAUAGAGAUUAUGUUGACAUCAGUGUGGCCGUGGCCACGCCAAAGGGUUUGGUUGUUCCAGUCAUCAGGAAUGUUGAGGGAAUGAAUUUUGCCGACAUUGAGAAGACCAUCAAUAUGUUGGGCGAAAAGGCCCGCAACAACGAGCUGGCCGUCGAAGACAUGGACGGAGGAACCUUCACCAUCAGCAACGGCGGCGUCUUCGGCUCCAUGUUCGGGACGCCUAUCAUCAACCCGCCUCAGUCUGCCAUUUUAGGCAUGCAUGGCAUAUUUGACAGGCCUGUGGCAGUGGCUGGAAAGGUGGAGAUCCGUCCCAUGAUGUACGUCGCCCUGACGUACGACCAUCGCCUCGUCGACGGAAGAGAGGCUGUCACUUUCCUACGGAAGAUCAAGUCCGUGGUGGAGGACCCCAGGGUGUUGUUGCUUGACAUGUAA